AUGCAACUCACCCAAAUCUCGCUCUUCCUCGCAGCCUUAUCUGCAUUAGCAGCAGCGGCGCCCACGAAGAGGGCCCAAGCAUACAGCGUCGAGCCGAAUUUCGAGGCUGAUUUCACUUCGCUCGAGGAGCGAUCCCAACAGGCAUACGGCAAGAACCCAAAUUUCGAAGCCGCUUUCGCCUCCCCUGAGAAGCGCUCGCAACAGGCAUACGGAAAAGAGACGAACUUCGAGUCUGGUCUUGGGAAAGAUGAGAAGAACUGA